AAUGUCUUCUAUUAGCUUCAUUGCUUUCUUUCUUUUGAUCACCUUGUUUUGCUUGAAUACAGUUAUAGAAUGUGGUCUUAUAGGUCUUGCUGGAAUGCCUGUAGAGACUGCAUGGUGUGCAACACUUGGACGUGAGUCAACAUACUGCCCAGGAGGAUAUCGUGGAUAAGCUCUUACAGAAUGAUGUGAGGAAUA